CAGCUUGGCAAGAAUCAAGACUCAAACUACAGAAGAUACCGAGCAAUCGCUUUCGAACAAAAACCAAACCAAAACAUUAUGUGACUUCAAGACUCUAGACUGAGCCACAUUUAAUCAAACGAAUCUAUCUCAUCUUGAAGAAUCUUUGCAACGCUUCAUAAGGAAAACCGACUUAUUCAUUCUAGAAAGUAUUCAACGAGAAGGCUUAAGGCUCAAAAACCACGAUGAUUGCGAUCGGUCGGUUACCGUUCGAAAUUAUCGUUCAAAUCUUACGAGAAUUUGUAAAUCAAUCAGAAAAAAACUUAGAUCACUACGAGUCAGCGGCUAGAGAACCUUACCUCAGAAGAUCAUCUUACACCGAAUUAAUCAAGUUGAGAUUGGUUUCCAAAAUGUGGUCUAAUGCAGUCAUUCCAUUUUAUUUCGAGACAAUCUCUAUAGAUAAUUCAAAAUAUGCAAACCUGAUUCUGGAUAAUUGGAACGAUGGUUUCUUUGGAUCAAAUUUUCAUUGUCCAGUUAAGAGACUCACAAUUGGAAGACUCUCGCUUCCAAAAGAAGUAGUACAAGAAGAAGAAGAAGUGGAUUGUAAGAAAUGGAAAGAAGAUGCUGCAGAAAGAGCAAAUCUGGUUACGGUGAAUCAGGUAGCAAGAUUAAUUGAACUGCUCGGUAUCAACUUGAAGACAUUGAACAUUACCUUUUUUUGUUCAAUGGGUGUUUCUCACGAAUUGGUCGAAGCCUGUAAAACUAUCAGAGAGUUGAAGUCAAUAUCCAUCUUAUUUGACUGCAUAGAUGUGGAUAACGAGCCUAUCAAUGUGGAUACCGGGCCUAUCGAUGUGGACUCAAUAUCAAGAUUAUUAUCAGCACUACCUCGAAUUGAAUCGUUAUAUUUUGGUAUCAAUUGUGUAGAGCCCAUGAGUCUAGAACCUCCAGCUCUGCAGAAUCUACGCCACUAUUCUUUUAUGUUAGAGUGGGUUUGCUUAGAAGGAAUCUGUCACAUUAUUCAAACUUCAAAAACAACUUUGAAAAUCAUCGAGCUUUUGAGUGGUAGCGAGCCAACUGAAGGUGUAGAAAGGGUAUUUGAACCUAUCAAAGAUACAUUAGAAGGACUCUUUACAAGCACAUCUGCGGAUCAAAUUAUUGAACAUGUCACAGAGUGGGAUUUUCCAAACUUACGGGUCAUCAGAACUCACUAUCCUCCUGAAGAAGUUGAAACAGAAAUCUAUUGGUUACAAGAUCCAAUCUUGAAGAAUGUAAGAACGAUUGUGACCGACUUAGAUUGUAGUGAAGAAUACUGGAUUGUAGCAUUAGAAUUGGCGGGUGUGGAUGCUUUGAAAGGAGCACCAAAUUUCAAACACAUUGUCUUUACUAAAUCUGAACACUCUAAAUCUCAAGAAAUCGAUCCUGAAUUAGUCAAAGCCUUCAAAUCUCAUGGGGUCCAAUGUCAUUUUAGCCAUGAAUUAACCCCAGAUGAAUGCAUGGAAUUAGAUUAUCAGCUCAAUGGACCCAUGUAGUGAUUCAUCAGAUUCAAGCAUCAAACCACCUCAAAACCAACCUCCAUCCAUGUUUUGCAAUCUGUAUGUAGCAAUUUUGAAGUUAAUUUUAAGUAUAAUUGUACAUUUACCAGUAAUCCUAAAUUUUUUACUGUUGACUAAAUUUGUAUUAUUUCUAGCAAUUUUAAGGUUUGUAUAAUUUGAUUCUUAAGCAUGUUUGUCUGG